GGGCCUCCGCACUUCCCUUUCCGGUUCCAGGAGGAGCCGCGUCGGUGCCGCCUCGGUCCGUCAGGCCUCUGCUCAUCUCUCUUGAUUCAGCACCGCUGCUGUGCCGCACCUAGGGCUCGGAUCCCGCUGGGAAAAAUGUCAGAUGAAUUUUCGUUGGCAGAUGCGCUGCCUGAACCAUCCUCUGCCAAAACGUCUGCCGUGAGCAAUGCAAAAGCCGGCCAAUCUCCUCAAGUCUGGCCAGGCUCCAACCCUUGGAGUAACCCAAGUGCUCUACCUGCUGUGCCCUCUGGACUCCCGCCAAGCGGUGCAGCGCCCUCUCCUGUGCCUUUCGGACCAGCACCAACAGGAAUGUAUCCGUCUAUGCCUCCAACUGGACCUCCAACCGGACCCCCAGCACCCUUUCCUCCUUCUGGACCAUCAUGCCCCCCACCUAGUGGUCCUUAUCCAACCCCUACUGUGCCAGGCACUGGCCCAACAGGGCCAUAUGCUACGCCAAAUAUGCCCCUUCCAGAGCUACCUAGGCCAUAUGGCGCACCCACAGAUCCAGCUGGUACUUUAGGUCCAUGGGGAUCUAUGUCUUCUGGACCUUGGGCACCAGGAAUGGGGGGGCAGCACCCUAAUAUGCCAUAUCGACCUCCAGGGCCAUACCCCACUGCUCCACCUCCAAUGUCAGGAGCACCGCCUGUUCCAUGGGGCACUGUGCCACCAGGAGCCUGGGGACCACCAGCACCAUAUCCUGGCCCUGCAGGAUCGUACCCCACACCAGGACCCCAUCCCGCUCCAAAUCAUCCUUACCAAGUGCCUUCUGGACCUUCCGGUGCUCCACCAAUGCCUGGGGGCCCCCACUACCAUUAAGUUGACAGUGGAUGAAGAGAUGGCGCGUUGCUCUUUGAAGUACAUGUACAUGCACAUGAAGGCGUAUAUACAAAUGGCUGCUUCCCUGUUGGUAAAGGGCGUUCGUGAAAGAACUUUUGUACCUCAGACAGUUCCUGCUUCAUGUGUUUGGAUAUGUAGAACGUUAUGUGGGUACAAUCAGAUAAAAAUGUAAAAGCAAAUCAUUUAAGUGUGGUUAAUGUGGUUAUGUAUAUUGAAUAACUUUUGAUAAUGUUUGUUUAAAAUAUAACUAUACCCUCAGAAUCUAAAAUGACGUGGAUUAUUGUUAGAAUAUGUAACUUAAUUGGCAAAGUAAUUCAAGUAUUUUUUAUAAUCAUCCCCACCUCAUACCUGUGUAACCGAAAACAAUCGCUUAAUUGAAACACGACUCGACAUUUUGAGUCCUCUAGCUACACAGACUAGGGCCUCUUGUUAAUAGUUUAGCUACAUACAUGUAUGUGUAUGUGUUUACUAAGUUUAAGCCAACAUUAUAUUCAGUUCUGCCAAAAUAAGAUAAUAUUCCUACCACAAAAGCAUGCUCGAAGGACAGGUUUCUUGCUCUGACAGCUCUAGGAAAAUGUUGGUGCCAAAUGUACUUAGACAAGUUAGGGUUUAAUAGAGAGUCAGACUGCCGUGUUCUGAACCCAGCCUCAGGACGAGACAGCAGGGACAUGAGGAAGGGACAGUUGCUGCAGGACCUUAUUAUAAUCCAGCCGCUGUCCAAGCCAGCAGGUGGAGCUGGGAGCUCCACUAGCUAGCUCUCACUAGCUAACGCCAGGGGCAGACACAGAGAAGGAAGAUUCCUCUUUACAAUGUGGAACCCAUGAAUCCUUUUUCCUUAGGAAGCAUUUACAAAAGGUGGUUCAUUUCUAAUGUGUUAUUUCCUUAUCAGUUCUGGUUACUGGUGGGACUAAAUAAAGGUCAUUUAUGGCAUUUUUUUUUUUUUAAGGUGGAAAGUGCUCUAGAUUCCAAAUGACAUUCUCACAGUGACUGAACCACAACCAGUUUGAGUCGUUGCAGGAUUUCACGUAUGUAAUACAUGUUUCUUGGCCUCAAUAUACCGGACAACUGAAGGGGAAAACUCUUAGGUUGACAAAGCCAUGGUCAGACCAGGUGUAGGAAGCUGAGCUUGGCAGGUGGCUUGGGCAGACAUAUUAACCAUCUAGCUCUGUUCAUGACUGCACACCUGUUCCUUUCCAAAGGACAUUUCUCGUACCGGUACAUGCUGCGAGUCUGCAAGGCAGUCUGCUCUGCGUCUCUCCCAGUAGCUACAAGGCCUGUGAGCAGCCAGUCCCACAUGUAUGACAGACCCUUGUCCACCCCAGCUUACAGGGUUAACGGAGGUGAUGGAGCACUCAGGAGGCAGAGGCAGGCGGAUCUCUGAGUUUGAGGCCAGCUUGGUCUACAAAGGAAGUUUCAGGACAGCCACAGUUACACAUGGAAAUCCUGUCUUGGGGGGAAAGAAGAGAGAUGAUGUAUUUGCCUCCUGGUGGGUUCAAAACCUUGUAAUGGGGGCUGGAGAGAUGGCUCAGAGGUUAAGAGCAUUGCCUGCUCUUCCAAAGGUCCUGAGUUCAAUUCCCAGCAACCACAUGGUGGCUCACAACCAUCUGUAAUGGGGUCUGGUGCCCUCUUCUGGCCUGCAGGCAGACACACAAACAGAAUAUUGUAUACAUAAUAAAUAAAUAAAUAUUUAAAAAAAAAAAAAAAACCUUGUAAUGGGGAGGUCGCGGCCCCAGCCUGAGCUCCUAAUUAUCAGAUGUAGUUGCGGGCUUUAGCAUCUCAAGUGUGGACCUUCCCUUCCCGUCUGCUCCGCUGCUCCGGGUGUGAGGUCUGUCCAGCUUUGGGUCAGAUUUUAGAGUCUUUGGCUUCACACAGCAAAGUAGGUGAAGCACAUUGAGCUUGUGCUGGGUGUGCAAGGGUGCCUUGGCAGUGACUGGCGACCUCACCUGUCCCUGGUCUCGCCAGGUGGGUUCAAACAUUGAUUCACCAAAGAUACCUCCUACAUUAAAGCCUCAUAACCGUUACGUGCAUUUGGUACCAAUGGUUUUCUAGAGCUCUGGCAGAGCGGGAAACCUGUCCUUAGGGUGUAAUACAAUUUUGAAAGGAACGUUUUGUUAUUUUGGCAGAACUGGAUAUAAUGAUUGGAUUAAGAUUAAUCACAAAACGAUUGCUGAUUCUUCUUCCAGGGGCUUCUUGGGUCUGGAGCCCACCCUGCCAGUCCAGGCACCUGGGCCCUGGAAUAUACCGUCACUGCCCUGCCUACCUAUGAAAUUGUAAGCCAGUAAUUAUCAGCUGCCAAGUUCAUCAACUGGUGUGUUGUGUUGAUGAUGAUGAUGUUUUGGGGAGUGUCGUUAAGAGAAUCUAAUGGCCCAUCCCACAUGGUGUGCUAUGGCCGGCACUUCCAUUUUAACCGCUGCUUUAUGGACUUUCCGACUGAUAAUGGGGAUUUAGUGAAUUUAUUAUCUAAUGUAAGAGCAGACUUCAAAGGGAUAGCAGAAUUUUCUGUUAUUUUUAUUUUUUCUGAACAUUUCUGCUGUUGCCCUCAGGAUAGAGUAUUUCUGGGUUCUAGAUAGAAACAGGAAAAGCAAAAUUAAAUAAACAAAAGGUAGCCAAAUGAGGAAAAGAAUCUGGAAAAGGUUUUCUAUUUUUGUUUUUGUUUUAACCCAAGAAAAGAAUAAUAUUGUUUUCAGGACAGUCCAUGCUGGGCCAGGACUGGUCUACUAAAAAGACAGUUUGUCAAUAAACGGUUGGUUCAAAUAACAGAAUUUGUUGGCGUGGGUUGACAGUGUUUAAAUAUAUACAGCAAAAACA